CUGUUUUGCUAACUCGUGGAACUCGCGUUUUGAUGGUAAAUCCUGAAAAAUUUGGUCAACUUGUGAGUGAGGUUAAGGAAAUGGGAUUUAAUCUGGAAAAAUCAACUUCAGUGCAUGCCCUCCGUGCAUUGUGUGGUCAGACUAAGUUGGUAUUGAAUAGAAGUCGCGAAGUUCUUAAGACAUGGGGUUGGUCUGAGGAUGAUUUGCUCUCCACUUUCAGGAAGAACCCGUGGUGUAUGAUUAUCUCGGAGAAGAAACUUAUGCAAACAAUGGAUCUUUUAGUGAACAAGAUGGGAUGGUCGUCAGGCAUGAUUGCCAAAUAUCCUGUGGCCCUUGGUCUCAGUUUGGAGAGGAGACUUAUUCCAAGGUGCUCCGUUGCUAAAGUUCUGUUGUUGAAAGGUCUCAUAAAUGAGAACUUGAAUCUGGGUUCUCUGGUGAAACCUGCAGAGAAGCAGUUCUUGGAGAUUUUUGUGAACAGAUAUCUUGGCGAAGUACCUGAAUUGUUAAGUGUGUAUCAAGGGAAUGUAGAUAUCCAGGAUGUCUGAUCUGAUAUGUUGAAACGGGCGAGGAUGUAAUUAUUUUAGCCACCUGAUGCUGCAUCACUCAUAUGCAUUAGCUCGCUUUUGGCACAAUACUAUAAUGCUGUCCUCUACCCUAGAAAUUUUGUCUUUAAAGUAAGGUUUAAAUUGUAUCCCACAUCUUACUCAAAUUUUGCA